AUGAGAGGACUUUAUGAGGAACACUGUAAUGCUCUAGACAUAUAUCAAAAGCCCUAUAUCCCUUACCCCGAGACUUACAACGCAGGGUGGGAACAUCACCCCAACUUUAGCUGGAAGUUCGAAAACCAACAAUCUGCCCAAUCCAAUAGAGCUUACAAUGUAUCCCUACGUAAACCCACAUCCUCUAGGAAUUCCUUAGAAGAUACUUUACAUUUAUUUAUUGAGGCACAUGUUCAAGCUCAACCAAGUUCAAAGGGACAACACGUGGCACAAAUUUCGGGAUCGAGAGAGACUAACUUUAAAGAAGUAAAUGCCAUAACCACUAGAUCUAGGAAAGUCAUUGAACGAGCCCUUCAAUCUAGGGAGAAUGAAAAGGACCCUAACAAUUCAGAAGAGAGUAUCCCUAGUGAGGAGGUAGUGAAAAAUCCAUCUAGAGUACAUUUUCCUCAAGCUCUCAAGUCUACCUUAAAAUUUGUCGGCCAACAUAGUGAAAUCCUAGAGCAUCUAAAACAAGUAAAAAUCAAUCUAUCUCUCCUACAUAUGAUCUCCCAGGUUCCCACAUAUGCUAAAGUCCUAAAAGACUUCUGCACUGUGAAGAAGAAACACCAUGUUAAGAAAACUACUUUCUUGACUAAACAUGUGAGUACUGUGUUUGAGAAAAAUAUCCCACUAAAGUAUAAGGACCCUGGUUGUCCUACUGUCUCUUGCAUCAUCGGGAACCAUGAGAUUUCACAAGCCUUUCUUGAUCUAGGGGCUAGUGUUAACAUUAUGCCGUAUGAUACUUACUUGUUGUUAAGACUAGGAGAGAUGAAACCCACAUCAGUAAGUUUACAAUUGGCUGAUCGAUCCACUAUUAGGCCUAAGGGAGUAGUUGAUGAUGUGUUGGUACAAGUUGACAAAUUUUACUACCCUUUGACUUCUUAA